AUGUCGACCCUUUUUGGCGGUGCUUCAGCCGCAUCAACGACAAGCAACACCGUUGGUGACCUUAAGCAAGAUGUCGCACUCUCAGACCCCCCUACCGAUACCAUCUCCGACCUUUCCUUCUCUCCCGCGCCGAACGGACCUGACUUCCUCGCCAUCUCCAGUUGGGAUAACAAGGUUCGCAUUUACGAGAUUGCUGCCAAUGGCCAGAGUCAGGGCCGACAUGCCUACGAGCACAGCCAACCUGUGUUGAACUGCGACUUCUCCAAGGACGGAACAAAAGUCGUCUCUGCUGGCGCCGACAAGAAUGUCAAGGUCUGCGAUCUUGCCUCCCAGCAGGACGCCGUUAUUGGCACACACGACCAGCCAGUGCGAACAUGUCGAUUUUUCAUGAACGAUGGUAACCCCAUGGUGGUUUCGGGCUCGUGGGAUAAGACGAUCAAGUACUGGGAUCUUAGACAACAGGGACCUGCGGCAACCGUACAAUGCCAGGAGCGAGUUUAUACGAUGGACGUCCGCGAUAAUCUCUGCGUUGUCGGCACCGCCGAUCGAUACAUCAAUGUUAUUGAUCUCAAGAACCCUACCAAAUUCUAUAAAACCCUGCAGAGCCCUCUCAAGUGGCAGACCAGGGUGGUUAGCUGCUUUACUGACUCUGCUGGUUUUGCUAUUGGUAGUAUCGAGGGUCGUUGCGCUAUCCAAUACGUCGAAGACAAGGACUCUAGCUCCAACUUCUCUUUCAAGUGCCAUCGCGACCCCCCCGCCAACAGCGUCACCAAUGUCUAUGCCGUCAACGAUAUUUCUUUCCACCCCGUCCAUGGCACAUUCAGCACUGCUGGUUCUGAUGGCACAUUCCACUUCUGGGACAAGGACGCCAAGCACCGUCUUAAGGGCUACCCUAAUGUUGGUGGCAGCAUCACUUCCACAACCUUCAACAAGAACGGUUCCAUCUUCGCCUACGCUGUAGGUUAUGACUGGGCCAAGGGCUACCAACACAACACUCAGAACUACCCUAUCAAGGUGAUGUUGCACCCUGUCAACCAGGACGAGUGCAAGCCCAGGCCAUCACUCAAGAAGCGAUAA